CAGAUACCUGUCCAACCUUUCCGGCACAAUGAGUAUGAGAGAUUCAUAACAACUGCUUUUCCAUACUACGGAGCAUCAUUCUCAACUGUGUCUCCAUCCUACGUAGAUUCUUCUGAACCUUGAUGGUCUUGCAAGCAUUGGAGGAGAACGUUGUAUGCAUUAAAACAUCCAACUCCAAGACUGUGACUUGGCAGGAGUGCAGAGAUCAUAUACGGUGUGUAGCACUAGGGCAAGAGAGGAUGAAGAGGCGUCGAGAAAAAGGAUGAUGCAGUGCAUGAGGAUUGUUCUACUCAGAUGAGCAAAUGCCAAAUUUGGAUGAUUUGGAAGUGGGUGGUAUGAUUGUUAAUGCGCAGUGGAACUUGGAAUUCCUUAAUACGAUUUGACUUCGGUCUUCAUGCCAAAGAAAUAUGACAUCGAAACCAUAGACGACAUCUUUGCUUGUUGGCCGUGGGCAUAUUUGUAGAUUCUGAUGAGCUGUCUCAUCACAAUCAAAUCACUGUCGUCGUCGUCGUCGUCCAGCCAAUCUUUUUGGCUGUUUUCUCUUUCAACUCUUUGCUUGUACGAAAUUGAUGAGAUUUGGUGUUGAUAUCUCACGUUUCUCAUACAGGCAUCCCAAGAUGAUGAUGAUGAUGCAUGAUGAUGAUGAUGAUGGUGCCUCCACGACCAAACCGACUCAUCUUGCAAUUGCUGAUGGCGAAACAGUAGGACGAUUCACUUUCAUCGUUCCGAAGCAGCUUCUUGGAACGACAUCGCACCGGCGAUGAUAAAGCGAUCCGACGGCCUGCUAAAUCCUUGGAGGAGGAGGAGCACGCGUGGUAUCAGCUCCACCAUCGAACCUCCCUGGGUAGUCUGGUCCGGGACGAACCGGUCAAAGGUUCGGUGAUUUCAUAAUCUCCAGCUUAAUAAAUGAUAUAAAUAUAUAUAUUUUUAAUAGUUUAAUAAAUAUCUAAUCAGAGGAGUAUUUUUUUUUUAGAAAUUUAAAAAUAAUAAAUAAAAAUUAGCUUCGAAGUUAAAUUGGAAUAUUAUUGGUUCUGGAACGAGGUCAUCAAGGUUAUGCUUAGAAUUGGAUGCGGUUCAUAGAUAGUAUGAGGAUCAUCAAUCGCACAAUUGACCCACCAUUUAGAUUAGUUUUGCUUGUGUUGUGCCAAGCAACGCCAAUGAUAUGCGAUUGACCUACUAUUCUGAGUCUCAUUUAGUCUUUAUCUCAUUCCAGGGUUUAAGAAUGCUCAAAAUUGAUUCGUUUGUCGGCGCAGCAGUGCAACAUUCAUUCAUUUGGGAUAUAUAUUGAUACAUUUAGUUUUAGUUAAGGAGUAGGAAAAUCAAAGACUUAUAAGUCUCUAGUAUCAUUCUUAUUCUCAAAAAUGUUUUUUAGGAUUCGUUCCAAAAAUAUAAAAUCGUAUGAGCUCACCCAAUAAUGAUAAAAUAUUGAAUUAUCACAUGUAUAAUAUAUAAUAUGUAUAUAUAUGAAAGAAAAAGGGUUGGAAAUUCUCAUAAGGUACAUGUGACCUAAAUAGCAAUUGACCAGGUUGAUGCAAGUUAUCAGUAUACAAUAAUUAGCAGGAUAUUGUCAACAGGCGAGCAAACAUCUCUAGUGGAGAUUCGUUGCUUAUAUUCAUUCACACACAAAACUCUGUUGUUGCUUAAUAGAAUGUCUAAAGUUGGCUCAUCUGGUAAUCCCAUGCAGCUGAGAUCAUAUACAUCAAACUAAUCAUGCAUGCAUUGAACUUUAAUAUUUUAUCAGUCUUGUUUUAGUGAGAACUCUACAACAACAGUCAGAAAUGGGACAACAGGGACAGGUUCAUCAUGCAUGCAGAGCUGCUACGUAACCUUGUUUGAACUGUUCUAAUACUACUAUCAAAUGAUUCGGAUGAUGUUAUUACAGGCAGUAGUGCUGUGUGGCCAAUGAGAGAGAGAGAGAGAGAGAGAGAGAGAGAGAGAGAGAGGAGUUGCUUCCCCAAGAGCUCCAUUUGCCCAACGCCUUCCUUUUCUUUCCUCGUUUCUCAUGCGUACAGAAGUGUCCACAAAACUGACACGCUUCCUCUUCCCUUCGCCUCUUCGGCAAUGUUUUGUGUCGUUAACACGUCCCCGGCUUCCCACAUUUCUCUGCUUUCUUUCUUCCUUCCUAUAUGAACACCUCGAAGGCCCAUCGAGUUUCGUUCUCUUCUGGUUUUAGUCCUGUCAAAGAACACCCAUUUCUCUCUUCGUCUCUCCUUCCUUUUUAGCCUCGUCAUAUCAUCCUCAGAGUCCAUAGACCCUCGCCUCGUUUUCUUUGAUUUGUUCUUCGAAGGAGAAGCCAAAUUUGAUCUUUCUGUUCUUCCUCUCCCUUCCCCUGCAUUUGAUUUCUGCUGAUCGUCUCUCCUUCUUCCUCCACUUUUAACGCUUUUAAUCGGGAAAAAACUCGACUUCGAUGGGCGCUCACCACAGCAAGAGGCCCGACACGCCGUCGGUCCUCUUGGACGACGGCGGCGGCGGCGGAGGCGGCAAGGCCGACAUCCGGUACAUGGCGGAGCUGAGCUCCUACGAGGCCGCCUGCCGCCUCGACCCCGAGCUGCAGGGCUUCGACUCCACGCUGCAGCGGUGUACCAGCCGCGUCAUCUCCUCCCUCGCCCUCGGCGUCGAGGUGCGCUCCCUCUCCCUCGACUCCCUCCGCGAGAUCACCGGCUGCCUCCUCGAGAUGAACCAGGAGGUGGUGAAGGUCAUCCUGGAGUGCAAAAGCGACAUCUGGAAGACCCCCGAGCUGUUCGGCCUCGUCGAGGACUACUUCGAGAACAGCCUGCACACCCUCGACUUCUGCGCCGCCCUCGAGAAGUGCCUCAAGAAAGCCCGCGACGGCCAACUGAUCAUCCAAGUCGCCCUGCAGCACUUCGCCGAGGAGGAAGCCGAACCCGAACCCGAACCCCAAAAGGACGCCAAGAAGAAGUACUCGAGGACACUGGAGGAGCUGCGGCUAUUCAAGGCGGCCGGCGAUCCCUUCACCGAGGAGUUCUUCCAGGUCUUCCAGUCCGUCCACGGGCAGCAGCUGCUGAUGCUGGAGAAGCUGCAGCAGAGGAAGAACAAGCUGGACAAGCAGCUAAGGUCCAUCAAGGCAUGGCGGCGCGUGUCGAGCACAAUCUUCGCGGCCACCUUCGCGGCCGUCCUGAUCUGUUCGGUGGUGGCGGCCGCGGUGGCCGCGCCUCCGGUCGCCGCGGCCCUGGCCGCCGCCGCGUCGAUCCCGAUCGGGUCGAUGGGCAAGUGGAUCGACUCGUUGCUGCACGACUACCAGAAUGCGGUGAAGGGGCAGCGGGAAGUGCUGAGGUCGAUGCAGGUGGGCACCUACGUCGCCAUCAAGGACAUGGAGAGCAUUCGGGUGCUCAUCGACAAGGUGGAGAUGGAGAUGGCCUCGCUGCUGGCUGAUGCAGAGUUCGCCAUGGAGGACGCAGAGGCGGUGAGGAUUGCGAUGGAGGAGAUCAAGAAGAAGGUGGAGGUGUUCAUGAGGAACGUGGAGGAGGUGGGGGAGCAGGCCGACGGCUGCAGCAGGGACAUCAGGAGAGCCAGAACGGUGGUUCUGCAGCGCAUAAUUAGGAAUCCAGAAUGAAGGAAGGAAACCCAAGCCAUCCAUCAUUCUCUCAUUCACCAUCUGUUAGCCCCACAUGAUUUCUUGCAUUUUCUUGUUGAUUUGUACCUACCUUCUUAUGUAUUGCAUGUAUCCCUUCAAAAUUAGUAAUUUCAUGUUUAUUCCUUUUUA